AGGCUCAGCUGGGCGUGGACGGCGGGGUUGUGGGGGGGGCACAGGGAUUUUUGCUACUGGUUCUCCGAACCACCUGCUGCCCUCACUACCUGAUGGAUAUUGGAAAUGUAACUCUUCUCUCCUCUCUUUUGGGCUGGCCGAAUUUGCAGCAAUGGCCCAAACUCUGGACUUGGUGCCCUGGCCCCCCGAUGCCAGCCCCAUCUACGCAGCACCCGCAGUUCUCAUUCCGCUGGAGCCCAAGAAGACCAUGUUAGCCGGAGUGAAGGAGCACCUCUACCACCCCUGCCUGCCAACGCUGAGGCGCAUGGACAUGGACACGGUGGCCAACAAGCUCACUGACCAGCACUCCAGGACCAGCACCACGUGCUCCAAAGAGGAUUUCCAAAGGGCGACCUUCACCGUGGCCGGAGUGCCCAGCAGGCCCUUCCCUUCCCUGGGCAUGUCGGAGCUGCGCCAGUCGCUGGCCGGCCGUUACCGCGCGGGGAAGCUGGCUCCGCUGCCGCCCAGCACCAACCGGGAGGAGUGGCCCAGCUACACGCGCGCCAUGCAGGACUGGUCCCGCUUCGUCUCCGCCGCCGGCGAGUUGGCGCUGCCCAGCCAGCACGGCAAAGUUCUUGGCUUCAGCUGUUAUGCCGUCAGAUACUUAAAACCAGACGUCACUCAAACCUGGAGGUAUUGCCUCAAUCAGAAUCCCAGCCUGGAUCGAUACGGACCGAAGCCUCUUCCAUACAACACCUUGAACACCUACAGGAGCUUUGGAACUGCCCACAGCCGCUCUCACUACCUGGAGCCCUGGCGCUAAGGAGCCGGUCCGUGACGAGACCUGAGGCCUGGGAUGAGCCUUUGCCCAGCUUUUGAACGUCCAGAAACAAUAAACACUACUAGCUGCCUCAAGAGGAGAUGUGGCCGAGGAAGGCAUCUCCCAGGCAGGCAAAUCAUGUUUUUUGCCUUGUGCUUUAACUUUCAAGGAUGUAGACAGAGGAAAGGCCUCAGGGUUGUUUCUUCAGCCCCCCCUGCCGCCCCCAGGUGUGAUGAGAAGCAGCUUCCCCAGCAUCAAAGCACCUCCUGAAACAAACUAGGAUCUGACCAAUCUAUAAAGGCAUCUUUCUUUCACCACAUGGAAAAUUGGGGGACCGAGAAGUCCUCAUCUGGAGCUCACGGAGGCAUUUCUGCCACAAAGCCAAACCAGCUCUAUGUGUUAGAGGUGUGUGCGUGUGUCCAUCCAAGGACCAAAGACGGCUCUCCAGUGACCCAGGAAUGGGAACCUGCUCAACAGGUGCAGAGCCAGUGAAAAUGGUGAGGCCAUUGGCUGCAUCCACGCAAGACCCUCAACAGUUUACAGGUGGUCCUUACCUUACAAGCAUUGAUUUAGUGACUGUUCAGAGAUAUGAUGGCACUGAAAAUAGUUGCUCAUGGUCACGUGAUCAAAAUUCAGCCACUUGGCAACUAGCAUGUAUUUAUUAUGAUCGUAGCAUUCUGGGGUUAUGUGAUCACUGUGACCUUCCCAGCUGGCUUUUGACAAGCCAGGUCAAUGGAGGAAGCUGAAUUCACUUAAUAACCUCAUGAUCCACUUAACAACUGCAAUGUUUCACUUAGCAAUGCUAGCAAAAAAAGGUUAAAUUGGGUGCAACUCACUUAACAGUCACCUUGCUUAGCAACAGACAUUCUGGUCCCAAUUCUGUCCAGACCUUGAGUCAAUCUGCAACUAAGGACUGAUGAGCUACAGUUCUAACCAUCCAUUUCUAGAUGGGGGCGAAACGGGGUUUUCCAAGUACUUUCCCAAUAGAUUCACCAGAGUUUUGCUUUUGAAGGUGCUGCUUUCCAGCCCAGGAGCCAAUGGAAAUUGAUGGAAAGAGACUCUGACCGACUGAAGCAGAUCAGGGCUUCUGCCCAUCCUAGAAGUGUCAACUUUUGGAGCUGGGAAAGAUUAAGAAACAUGGCAGGAGUCCCAGUCACAUCUGCCUGGAAAGCCUGCCCCACCUUAUAAUAAGCAAAGUCAAGAUAGGGUUAGUUUGAGUUUCUUUCUGGCCAAUUUUUUCCUUCCUGUCCCCAGGUCAGACAUACAUUCCUUCGCACCAACAUUGUUUCCUCCGCUCACCGCUCUCCUGGUUACCUUUCUUCCUCUGUGGGAAGAAGGGGGAAGUCUUCAGUUGUCAAUGCCCCACCCCAUAAUCCUAAAAGGUGUGAGAAGGGACAGCAUGAGGUCAGGGAGAGCCAGUCUUUCCCCCAGCCCAAAAGGAAAUGGCCCUAAAUAUCAAGGCUCAAGGCAGUGCCACCCAAGCCUUGGUUGAUCAUAAGGAUAGCCCUCCCACUUGGUAUGGCUUGUGCCAAGAGGAAGGAGAGAACCCCAUAUCGGGAGGGGAGCAAGGAAAGGCAGGCGGAGGACACCAUGCAUCCAUGUCCUUGCCAGAUGGUCAGAUCUCCACAUUCCAGGGCAAGCAGCGGAUGCAGAUGAAUGUCGGUUUCCACAUUCCACCCAGUUUAAUCUGUUCUGCAAAGAGCCGAACUCACAGCAUGACUAGUUUUUUAGUUGGCAUCUGUGGCUCCUGGCCAUGUUGGUAGAGCUGCUGGCAGUGCCAUAUCUGGAGGGCAAUGUUACUCUUACAUUUGAGAACCAGAACAAGCCAGGGCAGAGCAACUUCACCCCUGAACCAAAACUUUCAGCAAGGCUCAAAGGAUGGUGUGCAGCCCUUUGCCUCAUCCUGGCGUUUCGUCUGUCCUGCAAAUGCCCUAAACAAAACUGUUUUCUCCAAAGUAGCAGCUCUCUUGGCUCCUCCUGGCUGUGCCAACCCAGCUGCUCUUGAAACCCCACGUGAGUUUUAACCAAUAACCUGGAUGUGAAGGUGCCAGUGAGUCCCCACCUCCCUCUGCACUUGAGGCUCUUGUCUCAGCACCCCCACACAGCCUGCCCGAUUUCUCCAAUGGGUCUUGUUAGAAUUCUGGCAGAAAUUGGUCCACCCUUGAAUGUGUCCAUUGUAGGAAAGCUGGUGUUGUAAUCUUGACUGUCCACCCUCGGCUGCGUUACCAUUCAAGAGUCCUUGGGUUGACUGGGCUUCCAACCACCCAUUAGGAGUCAGCAGCUGACAUUCAAUAAUGGGGCAAUUGUGCCCGAGUGGCUAAUUCCCACUCCCAGAAUACACAUCCCCGGGCAAGGAAGAUCCUGGGGAGAACCACCAAUGGCGGUUAGAUGGCUUCCUGCAGAAUAGUAGCAUUUCAGGCACUGACUUUGUAUUUCAAAUUGUUUUAAGUGUGUCGUCAAAGGUAGCUGGGGUUUACCAGGUUUUUGAUGUUCUAUUCCUGGUUUGUUUCUUUCCAAUUUCCAAUUGCACAAAUAUCCCCGAGGCUGCAUAAUCCAACCUUAGAAAUUGUAUUGAUCAACAUACUGCCUCUAUCCAACCUAGAACAAGCACCAUUUCAGGUACUGCAGGAACACCAUGCCUGUGUCUGCAUUAAUGGCACAGGUGCCUUCUGCAAGCAACCAAAGGUUGGUCUUGGCAUCCAUUUGGGACAAGCCCCCUCCCACGUGAGACACAUUACGAGAAAAGGGGGGGAGAAUGACAGAUGUGCUGCCUGAACUCUUUAGGGAUCAGUAGAAUCCAGAAAAAGAUUUCCUUUCUUGUUGACAGAAGCCUCCUUGCUCUGCAAGGACUGUGUUAUUAAAUGUCUGCUGUUCUUGAGAAGCUGUUUUCAAAAGUGCUGGCAUUUGGCCCUUCCAAUUCCCUGUUCCAGUGCUUAACUUUUGCACUGAACUCGUCCACAGGAGCCCAGUAUAAAACCUAGCCUAUGCAUACAUUCUUGGGUAAAUUCAGUUUCUCACGCCUGACCUAAAGGAUGUUGCAACAGAUAAGUAGAAUGAAGGAGUUCUGAGCUCUUGGCAAAAGAGCAUUAUUUAUUUUUUUAAAAAUGAAAUAUAUUGGGAAAUCUGCCCUGGGUACAGUACAAAUGUAUUUCCCUUCCAAGUUCUGUCUAGAACCCAGCAAGGAAUAUUUUAACAAUAGAAAAGCAAAGCCCCAAGAACUUCGUUUUGUAUCUGGACAUGGGACCCCAGUUGCACAAAGGAGCCCAUCUUUCAGCAGUGUUUGACACCUCAUAUUUUAAUUUUUAUAUUCUUGGUUGGAACUACUUUUAACUGAUUUUAAUUUUGUUCAUCAUCUGCUCACUUGAGAUGGGCAGCCCUAGAAAAUAAAUCUUAAGCAAAAAAAAUUCAUUUUUAUGGGAUGAUUUACCACCUCCAUAUUUAUAAGAUGAACUGAGAAAUCUCUUUCUUAGUGAAAAUGCCCCUCCCAGCCAUAGUUGUACAGACCCCUGGCAAAGGAAUGUCACCCUUUCUCCUCCAUAAAUAAUCUUGGGACUCUGCACUGGAGGGCAACAGCAGGGGAGAACCUGUCUUUGUGCCCCAGAUGGAAGGCCAAGCCAGGGGCAUUUGGCUGACCAUGAAAACCUGUUUGCUAGACACAUGGCGGAGAGUCAACCUUAAAUUCUGGUUGAGUGGAAGGCCGUGGAUUGUUUCCCAUCAAAACUCCAUUCUGUAACAUGUCAUUUUGAGGCGAUUUCUGCUCCAUGCUUGAUUUUGCCAGCCCAUGCAUGCAAGUCUCCUCAGGAACUCUAGCUCCGAAGAAGAGAACUCCAUGGGCCUUUUUGCUUGGGAUUUCAAGCUCCCACUUCAGCUGCUUCACUGAGGGCCCAGGAUGCCUGUUGCUUUCUGAAUGCUAGGAGUGAAAAUGCAGCUUCCUCCCCCAAAUGGAAUGCUCUUGCCGGAAAGGGGGAUUCUGUCUGCUGGGACCAAACUAACCCUCCAUCCUGCAGGGCCCACAAGCUGAAGGCCAUUUCCCUUGAAAGACCAGCCCUGCUUUAUACCAGACGUCAGCCUCGUCUCCGGUCCAGGGGGCGAAGGCAGCAAAGAACGAGGGGCCAGGAACUGUCCUUGGCCAAAUCAGCCUGGAUGACCUGGGCCUGACUCUCACAAGGGGAUCCAGGUGUCCCCAAGAAUAUUCAGAAGUGAGCUCAAAAAAAAAAGCUCAAGCAAGAAGGGAGAUGCAGCAGACAAAACGGGGAGAGGUGGAAAACAGGCAGAAGAGGAAGAGUUUGGGGGAGGAGGGGACAGAAACAAUGGAGCCUGCAGAAAGGAAGCCUACAAAGAUGAUGACGGAAAGAAAAGCCGCCCAAGGGAGGGCCUUCUUGGCUCUCCGGAAAGGGCGGGGCCUGCUUCCAUCUCACAAUAUCCUGCCUAGUGAGCUCUGGGCAAAGCCUUUCAAAUGAGGCUGGAGCCUUCCCCCAACCCCCCCUCCCUCGGACAAAGAAAGACCCGCCUUUCUAAGACUGAUGAAUUCAAAUUACUGGAGACUCCACUGCGCGAAGCUUUUGCAAGACUGUAAAACUGACAUCCAGCUGAGCUUCAUGUUGUUAAUUUAAAGAAAACAGUUCCCAAAAGGAAAAUUCCGUAAAAGCUACCUCUGCGCUGCUGGAAUGCCAUGAAAAGGCCCAGGACCCACAAGGAGAAGUCAGCAGCUCUCCUUGCUCAGUUCCCCCACCCCAAACGGGUUAUACUCUGCUCCUCCUUCAAAUAUGAUCCAUCCAAAGGGAUCUGGGAUAGACAGCCCACUCUCCCCCCACCGCCAAAAAAAAAAAAGCAUCACUUGCUUUUUUUAUACUGACCCCACUGCCGGUUUGCAACGAUCUUCUAAUUGAAUGCGGUAAGUGGUUCUACGUACCUCGUACACAUAUAUUUGCACACGCGCACACACACACACACACCCCUCUGUUCCAUGCACACCGGUCCCCAAUGAAGGCGUGUGCAGAAGCUCAACUAUCUCAAACCUGGUUUAUCUGACUGCAAGUGCACCCUUUUCGCCCUUGGGUUUUUGGGUUCCAAAAGAUACAAUUCCAGGACAGAUCAGUGCAGUUUUAAUGUUUUCUGUCCAAAGUCUUCAGUUGCAUGUCUUGCA